CAGCAGCAGCACCUGUCGUCCCAGCAUCCUUUGCGUGUCCAAUAUGGAGGAACUGGCGGUGGAGGUCCGCGGCUCCAACGGGGCUUAUUACAAGGGCCUUGUCAAAGACAUCCACGAUGACUCUCUCACCAUUGCCUUCGAGAACAAUUGGCAGCCAGAACGCCAGGUGCCCUUCAAUGAUGUCAGGUUGCCCCCAGCCGCCGACGCCAAGAAGGAGAUUGGGGAGGGCGAGGAGGUGGAGAUCCUCUCCAGAGCCAAUGAUCAGGAGCCCUGUGGUUGGUGGCUGGCUAAAGUUUGCAUGAUGAAGGGAGACUUCUAUGUGAUUGAGUACGCAGCGUUUGAUGCCACCUACAACGAGAUCGUGACCUUUGAGCGCGUGCGUCCAGUCAACCCCAACAAGGCCAUCACCAAGAACUCCUUUUUCAAGUGCUCUGUCCCUGUUCCUCAGGACCUACAAGAAGCGUGCCAGAGUGAGAACGCCCAUAAGGAAUUCAAGAAGGCCGUGGGAGCUCUUACUGUGUCUUACUGCCCAGAGACCAGCCAACUAGUGAUUGUGUCCACCAAUGAGACGACAGUGAAGCGUGUGUCUCUGCUGAGUGACAUGCACCUGCGCAGUCUCAGGACCAAGCUGCUUCUGAUGUCACGCAACCAGGAAGCUACUAAACACCUGGAGAGCUCCAGGCAGCUGGUGUCGUCCUGCCAGGAGGAGUUUGUUGUGAGGAUGGAUCUGAUGGGUCUGGCCAUCGGCACCCACGGCAACAACAUCCAGCAAGCUCGCAAAGUUCCAGGUGUCACGGCCAUCGAGCUGGACGAGGAGACUGGCACGUUCAGGAUUUACGGCGAGAAUGCAGAGGCGGUGAAGAAGGCCAGGGGCUUCCUGGAGUUUCUGGAGGAUUCUGUCCAGGUGCCAAGGAGCUUCGUUGGCAAAGUGAUCGGUAAGAAUGGAAAAGUCAUCCAGGAGAUUGUGGACAAGGCCGGUGUGGUGAGGGUGAGGAUAGAAGGAGACAAGGACAACAAGGACAACAAGGACAACAAGGACAACAAGGACAACAAGCAGCCCAAACAGGAAGUGACACAGGGAAUGGUCCCCUUCACCUUUGUUGGUACCAAGGAGAGUAUUGGCAAUGUUCAGGUGUUGCUGGAGUAUCACAUCUCAUACCUCAAUGACGUAGUGGAGCUUCUUACCGAGGGCCAGCGACUCGAGGAAGAGCUGAGGCUGAAUCUGGAUUUUACACAGGGAACCAGCCUAGCAAGAUUCAGAAUAAGCAACAGCAUGCACCCUGGAUGUGAUAUAGAUGAGGUUGAGCAGCUUCGUCUGGAGAGGAUGCAGAUUGACGAGCAGUUGCGUCAGGUCACCCAGGGUCAGAGGGGCGAGAGAGGAGAGAGGGGCGAGAGAGGAGAGAGGGGGGACAGAGGAGAGAGAGGGGACAGGGGGGAUAAAGGAGAGAGGGGGGAUAGAGGAGGAGCGUACAAUGCAGAUGGAAGCGCCAAUGCCUCCUCGUCCACCGUACAUGCCGGCCGCUCCUACAACAGUCGUGGCCGUGGACGCAGAGGCAACAGCUACAGCACUGGAUAUGGAACCAACUCAGAGCAGUCCAACGCCUCUGAGACCGACUCAGAGCGCAAGGAGGAGCUCAGUGAUUGGUCCCUGGCCGGGGAGGACCAGGACAGGGACAGGGAGAGAGGCCAGCGGCCACAGAGAGAUAGCCGUCGGAGGCCAGGACCCGGCAGAGGCCGUGGAGGAAGAGGAAGAGGAGGACGAGGAUACAGCAACAGUUAUGGAGGGCCCCAGGGCCACGAGGAUAACCAUGCCUACGGAGUCCUGGAGACCAACACGGAGACCGACCACACAGCCGAUACGGAUGCUAGUGAGUCCAACCUGCCCACAACCCGCCGCAGGAGGUCUCGGCGACGCAGAACCGACGAGGACGCCACACUGAUGGACGGCAUGAGCGAGUCGGACAACGCCUCAAUGAGUGAAAAUGGAAUAGAUGACCCGGAAGCUAAGUCUCAGCGUCGUAACCGUAGUCGGCGUCGGCGCGACCGCCUGCCUGAGGAGAGGCAGCCAGUGACUGUGGCUGACUACAUAUCCAGGGCUGAAUCUCAGAGCAGACAGUUGAGCUCCACCGACCCCAAGAAGAAAAAUAAGGAUGUGACUCAGGUCGAGGCCAUCGCUGAGCACAGCCCGCCGCCCCCCCCGGCCACCACCAACGGCUCCAACAACAGCGACGCCGCUGCCGACGGCGAGGGAACCAGCAAAGCUCCCAGGUCUCCCAGUGAGAGGCCGGCCAAAGUGUCCUACGAGGACCCGAGCCCACAGCCCGCUGUCAACGGACUCUCCUAGUCAGACCGCAUCAAAGGAAAUGGUUUCAAAUAUUUGAACAUGUUUGGCUGCACUGAAUUUAAUCUCACGGUCUCUAGAGCAGCCGUCGUCUAAAUACAAAAAGCACUGUUCUUUUUUUUUCCUUCUUACGUUACGAAUAUUUGAAACCUGUUUUCACUGUGCAAGUUUUAGAGGUUUAACCCUAAACCCCAUUUUACAUGUGUUCUGUUCCAACUAUCCACUUUACUACAUUUUUUUUUUUACAAUAGUUCUUCCUGUAUGAGCUUGCCAAAGAUAGUCAAACACACUCAGACGUACAUACAUCUCUAUUCUACUGUUCCUCUCAGUCCACUCUUCAUUGAGAGCUCAGGGGGAGGUCGGACUGAAUGCAGUAUUUGUAAAAAAAAAAAGACGCAGACAGGGAUUCAGUUCGAACCCAUGACUGUGGUAUGACUUCAGCAGUUGUGUUUUUAUUGGUAUAAAUAACAUCAUAGCAGGGUUUUAGAAUAAGAAAUCAUGCCUUUUAACAGGCAGACGCAGAGAGAUGCUUCCACACCCGUUUUCAGGAUGUUUUAUGAAAUCUGAAGUCGUCUGGAGCUUCAGCGUUCUGCAUGAGCAGCGGCUCAGUGCGGGCAGGUGUGUCGAAACCCCCCCCCCCCCCCCCCCCAAGUAUGUAAGACAUACACGUGAUCAGCUGUUGUGCCUUGAGAGUAGAUUCAACAUGUCGUUGCCUGGCUCUGCACACCACCUGAGAUCCUGCUCACUCAUUUCAAUGUCACUCGGUCGCCUCCACCUGUCACAGUGGAACCAGAGCAGCCGUCUCCUUUGUGCCACCGGCACCGUCGGCAGGUGCAGGCCGACACCGAGACCCUGGUAGGAUGUCAGAGGCAUAUCUUUUUUAAUUCAGGUGUGUCUAUUCUUAAUGUUUGUGGGGCAAAUGAGUCCAGUUAUCUGAGUUUGACGUUAGCUGCUUUGUUUUUCAAUAUGCAACCACUUUGGUCAUAGAAGACAAAUGUUAUUACAGAGUGUCUGGAGAGGAAACAAAAAAAAUGGAGGAGUUGUUUUCUUUGCACUGAAACUUAACCUUUUUCUUUGUUUAAAAAAAAAGAGUUGAUUGUAGUCGAGUCUGGAAAGUGACCUGUUACUGUUUCGUGCUGGACAGAUGUAGCCUUCAGUGCUGGGUUUCCUGGAAACAUCUCGUUGUUUAACAUCUAAGUUUUCAUCAAUUAGGACAUGAUGCUGGUUCCUUCCAGAGAUCAACUGGAAUUAACAGAUUCCCUGUCCGGUUCCCACUGGAACAGAAACCCUGUCACAGCAGCGAGAACCAGACGAGCCGCGUGUUCGAGAUGUUUCUGGAAAACCGAGCGAGUGUCAUUUUCACGAUUCUUCCACAGACCAACUGGUUGGAAACUGGUCAUGACUGUUCCAUUAAGGAAGGAGAUUUAUUUGGUUUAUUUAUUUAAAAAGUGUACAGUAUUUAAAAAAAACAAAAGGAAAAAAAAAACAAGAGAAGCUCUUCAUUUUCUUGACACUAAACAACAUGUUGCCGAGGGGUUUAUUUUGGAGACAUAAGACAAUUUGGACUACUGAGGGUUGUGACAUCCAGUAUGUUUUUUUUAAGGAUCAUUCUGGUUGGUUGAUGUGCAAUAUGUUUUGUAUGCAGGUAGUUCUUAAAUAAACUUGAUCUUCUGUAUAGAUCUAAA